CUCGACUUUACAUCAUUUUUCCGUAAUUCGUCGGCCGAGAAUGACUAAUUUUUGCCAGUGUUUAAAAAUAUUUGUAAAUGCCGAGUUAAUUUAAUACAGCAAAAUAAACCACAACAAAGUGCAUUUUGUUUUUGUAAAACGUAAAAAGGCGGUCGGUAGUGUGUGCAAAGCGGCAACAAAAUGAAGAAACAAUUUGCAAAAAUAAAAAUUGCUGCUGAAAAUUUAAGAUCUACAAAAUCUGACUGCAAAGAUUCUGAGCUUGAGACCAUUGAGAAACAGGUGGACCGAUAUCGCGAAACCAUUGAGAAAAUAGUGCGCAAAUUACCAGCGCACAGCGGCAGUAGCAGCAGCAGCAGCAGCAAUGGCAUCGUUACCAUCGAGGAGCACGACAAGCGCAUCAAGAAAAACAGUCACUACAAGAUUGCCCAGGCGCUGGACGAAACCGCCAAGGAGUUGCCCAAGGAUAUGCCGUUGCACAAGGUUCUAGCGAAUUGCGGCAAACUGGAGAAGACAAUCGCCGAGUGCAGCAUUGAGAGCGAACUGGAAACGGAGACGAAAGUUGUGCGGCGCUUAAAAAACAUCUUAGAUAAAGAAAUACAAGAGAUCUCAACGCUAAAGCGUAAUGUGUCGCGCACACUACAAGAAUAUACCUCACUGAAACGCAGCCAUGAGGCCGCCAUACGACUGGAUGAGCCCGCGGCUAAGGUGAAUCAUAUUAAGGGCCAGCAGGAGGAGUGCGAACUGAAGCUGGAAAAGGAGCGUGAUGCGUGGGCGGCACAAAUGCUGGAGCUUAUUGCCAAAGAGGACGAGAUUGUCAGCUGCAUACGUGACUAUGUGCUCAACCAAAGAAACUAUCACGAACGUGCGCUGCAGCAUGUGAAUGAAUCGCUGGCGCGCAUUCAGGAUACCAUACAGGGCACGGAGAAAUCGCGAUUUGGCACCUCGCUCAAGGAGCAUCUGCAGUCGACACAUCGCGACAUCUCCUACAUUGUGGAGCUGUGCUGCUGUUGCCUCCUGGAGCAUGGGCUAGAGGAGGAGGGUCUAUUGCGUGUCGGCUGUGCCAGCACAAAGCUGCGACGCAUGAAGCACGCACUGGAGGCUCAGCACGUGAAAACACCCCUGCCACUGGAGUAUCAGGAUCCGCAUGUCAUUGGCUCCAUAUUGAAGCUAUAUUUGCGUGAACUGCCCGAGCCACUGCUCACAUAUGCGUUAUACAAGGAUUUUAUACGCAUUGCGGAGCGACACACCGAGGCGGAGCGCAAGACGGAGAUUAAAGCAAUAUUGGGCAAACUCCCCAAGGAGAACUAUGCCAAUCUGCGCUACCUCACACGCUUUCUGGCGCUGCUGCAGCAGCGGGCCGUGCACAAUAAGAUGAGCUCUCAGAAUUUGGCGAUUGUCAUGUCACCGAACAUGCUCUGGCCGCGCGUCGACAAGAGCAGCAAUGCCCCAGCCGAUUACAUUGGCCAGGUGAACAGCUCCUCGGCAGCGAACAUUAUUGUCGAGCUGCUCAUCAGUCAGUGGGACUAUUUUUUUGAUGGCGAUGUUGAGUUCUAUGUGACUCUGCAGCGUCAAAAACUUUUUGUCGAAGGCAAAAGCAAAUCGAAUUCCUCAAAUGAGCAUUUGGAUAAGCACGAUAGUGAAGUCAUGGAGAGUCCGCGCUAUGGCACGCUGCGCCGCCAGAAACCGAAUGCGCCCUCGCCGCCUACCAAAACGGAGGCCACCAGCAAUGGCGUUGGCUCCAAUCAUCGUCCGCAUGCCAAGGAGCUGUUCCCGCAGCAGGACGAAAAGCCGGAGAAGCAGGAGAAGCCAGCAAAGCCGCCGCUACCCAAUCUGGCGCAGUUCCAGCAGCCGACAGCGUCCAGCCAGCCAACGCACACACAGCUGGAGGCGUUGCCGCCGCCGCCAGUGACGCCCGCCAAACCCGUACCCAUGACGCGCACACAGUUCUUUGGCUUGGAUAAUCUGCCCUCGCCCACGGCGGAUCGCAGGAGCAUCGAUAGCAUUGGCAGCUUUCGCUUAAAGCCAGAUGUGCCACAAAAGCCGCAGCUCCCCAAGCGGCCCAUGGUACUGGCUGUGGGCGGCGGCGGGCCGAAGGGCGACAGUAAAAGCGACGAUGAGGCCAUAACACCCACGCAGGCGACCAUUGACAAUAGCAAUGGCAAUGUACGCUACACCACGGAGAAGUUUAUAGAGAAACUGCGACAUGAAAAUUGUGAUACAAAUGGCACGCGAGAGGAGGCGACAACGGGGGCACCGACAAAUACAACAACUAACACAACAACAAAUACGACUACAACAGCAACAAGCACAGCCGGCAAGGAGCACAACCAUAAUCAUGAACAGCCGCUAACAGUGGGAGAUAAGGAACAGCAGCCGCAAGCCACGCCUACCACACCCAUAUCGCCAAACUCAUUUCAAACGCCCAAAAGGCCAACGGUGCCAGCGCCGCCGCCGCCAACAAUACGCAAACAGGCGGAUUAAUUGUAGUUAAUAGCGAAUCCUUAGUUAACCGGUGGCGCUUUCUAUAUGUUAACCCUAAGACUUGAACGCACAUUAAUUUAGUUAAAACAAAGCCUUUCAAUAAGUUGCAUUAAAUAUAUAUUUGUAUAUAUAUAUAUAUAUAUAGAGUGAAAGCAACUUAAUUCUGUAUUCAGCAUUUGUAUUCUUUGCAAUUUAAA